AUGAGGCUGCCCAGUGCUGCCAGCCUGGCAGGUUUCUUCCAGCAGCUGAACAGGCUAAAGCGGCUGGAGGAGUCCAGCAUGGAGACGUCGCUGCGGCGUUGUCUGUCCACACUGGACCUGACUCCUGUGGCCUCCCUCCUGGCAGCCCUUUGCUAUGCAGAAUUUGGGGCACGUGUGCCCCGCACAGGCUCUGCCUACCUGUUCACCUAUGUGUCCAUGGGUGAGCUGUGGGCCUUCCUCAUCGGCUGGAAUGUUAUCCUCGAAUCUCUCAUUGGUGCCGCUGUUGAGGCCCGAGCCUGGAGUGGCUACCUGGAUUCUAUCUUUGGCCACAGAAUCCGAAACUUCACCGUGACCCAUGUGGGAUCCUGGCAGGUGCCUCUGAUGGGCCACUACCCAGACUUCCUGGCUGCCGGAAUCCUCCUUCUGGCCGCUGUCUUUGUCUCCUGUGGAGCUCGGGUCUCCUCCUGGCUCAACCACACCUUGGUAGUCAUCAACCUGCUCACCAUCCUCAUCAUCAUCAUCCUGGGCUUUAUCCUGGCUGAGCCCCACAACUGGAGUGCAGAGGAGGGGGGCUUUGCACCCUUUGGCUUCUCUGGCAUCCUAGCCGGUACUGCUACCUGCUUCUAUGCCUUUGUGGGCUUUGACAUCAUCACUGACUCCAGUGAGGAGGCCCAGAACCCGAGGCGGGCUGUGCCUGUGGCCAUUGCCACCGCACUUGGCACGGUGGCAGUCUCGUACGUUCUCGUCUCCACCGUGCUGACUCUCAUGGUGCCCUGGCGUAGUCUGGACCCCAACUCCCCAUUUGCUGACGCCUUCCACCGGAGGGGCUACAGCUGGACUGGCUACAUUGUAGCUGCAGGCUCCAUCUGUGCCAUGAUCACUGUCCUGCUCAGCAAUAUCUUCUCCCUGCCACGCAUUAUCUACGCCAUGGCAGUCGACAGGCUCCUCUUCCCAAUGUUUGCCUACGUGCACCCCCGGACACGGGUGCCUGUGGUAGCUACCAUGGUGUUCGGGAUCCUCACGGCCCUCCUGGCACUGCUGAUGGAUCUCGAAGCGCUGGUCCAGUUCCUGUCUAUUGGCACACUACUCGCCUACACCUUUGUGGCCGCCAGCAUCAUUGUGCUGCGCUUCCAGAAGACUUCUGCACCCAGCUGCCCAGGCCCGGCCAGCUCUGGCCCCCUGUCCAAGGAGCACAGCUCCGUCUCAGACCACAUGCAGCUGGUGGGUGCAGAGCAGGCAUCAGCCCCCGAGCCUGGACAGCUCUACCUGACCUGGGUGCGCUUCACUAUCUGGCUGCUAAUGGGACUCGCUGUGUAUUUCGGCUAUGGCAUCUGGCACAGCAAGGAGAACCAGCAGGAGCCCCCAGGGCUGACCCUCACCCGCUAUGUGGUGUUCCCCAGUGGCAGCCCGGAGGAGACAGUGCAGGCCGUGCAGCCCUCCAGCCAGGCACCAGCCCCUGCGCCCAGCCACACGGAGUAG